AUGCACCACAACGAUUCAAAUAAUCCGGUCUACAAGCAUGCUCAGAUGAGGGCGUACAUACAACAUCGCCAGAGGGUAUGUCAUCUUUUAUGCAUGAAUUUCCGUCCAACUACGGAUUGCGUGUGAAUGGGCUCUAAUUGUGAGAUGUGAUGUCUAAUUAAGGGAUUUAGGUGAUGGACAUUGAGCCGAGGAUAGACACCAAGAGGUCCAAGUCGGUCUGCCAUUCCAGAUUCAACUCAUUCCAGGUAAAUAUAAGGAUGGUGACAUACGCAUCAAAUGGGGUGUCGUGGCCAGAAACCGCGAUUUUUUGUCUGUUAGGCCGCUCGACAAGAAAUGCGCAAUUCUCAAAUUGCGUAACAUUGCCCAAAUUUCAGCUCCCUCCUUGUGGAGUUUUUUUUCUCUGCUCAUGCAAGAAUUGCGCAUUUCUUGUCUAGAGGCCUAACAGACAGAAAUCACGGUUUCUGGCCACGACACCCGGUUUGAUCCGUAUGUCACCAUCCUUAUAUCUUAACUAUCCAAAUUGAACCCCUUUAGAAAAGGGAAGAAAACCGGAGAAUACAAAAAGAAAACGGCAGACUCCUCGAAAAACUGAUCAAAAUAUCUGAAAGAAAGGCUGAGCUCGCCCAGUCCCGAUCCAGCACCUCAUCUACACGAAGAAGCAGCUCCUAUAGCGGCGGAUCUCGGAAAUCUUUUUCUUCAAACAGCUCCAUAUCUAAUUCGACAGUCACAAGUAGUCAGUAA